AUGGUCCGUUUAUUCGGGCUCCUAUCUGAUGACUUAGACACAGACGACGAUGAUAUAUCUGCCACUGUCUCGACAGCACCUUCAUCUGAUACAUCCUCAAAUUCCCAUCCUCCCAUCCUCGAACAUGAAACUCAUCUUAACUUCGCGCCAAUCCUGAAUGAACUCGAGUCGCCUGCGCUUCCAGCUUUGUUCUUAUCAGACCAGAUAGAAAUAUUAGGGAAUUCACAAACGCUAACUCCCAAUGAUAACCAAGCUAUAGUUUCUGGAAAUUCGGAGGAUUUGACGUCGACCUCGUUGGACAGUCAUGAUCCCUCUGAUAUGCAGGUUUCGUCUAACAGUGAUUAUCGGUCAGGCGAAAUGGGUAUAGGGGCUAGCUUGGAUGAUCUGCCUUCAUGUACCAUCAAUCAGACUUUCAUUAACUCUGAUCCUUGUAGCUUGGCCCAAGAGGAUACAGUCACUACCAGCCUCCAUUGUCCAUCAUCUUCUCGUACAGAUGCAAGCCCUUCUUUACACCCUACUUACUCAGGAGAAGCGGCCUUUUCACAAUUGCAUUUAACCAAGCCUAUUCCAGAGGCCUCAAAACCGACAGUUCCACCUUCAUCCUCUACAUCACUAGAGGAUAUGGUUCCUUCUCAAUAUAUAAAUCCUCUUAAUUCAGACAAAGUUUCAACACCAACACUAACUCCUUCACGACCAGCAGUCACACCUGAACAAAUUUCCUCUGAUCUAUCUCCCUUGUCUCUUGAUCGCCUCCCACAACGACCUAUCGGGCAGUUUUCAACCUCAGAUACUUCAGGUAUGUCUGCUUCAGAAAACUCAGAAGACGCCCAAAAUCCGCAGCAAAUUAGGUCUAGCACUAUCCUUCAAAUUAAUCAGACAAACUCUUCAACGCCAGAUAGCAAUAAAAGUGAGUUUUAUUCGGAUAGCAUUGUAUAA